GUCGGAAUUAUUGUGAUGGGACUCACGGGUGCGGGUAAAAGUGCAUACAUCUCUCGACUUACGGAGCAAAAUGUAGCGAUCGGUCACACUCUGCAAUCAUGCACGACCAAAGUCAAUGGCUAUCCGUAUCAACGGCCCAAUGGUCAGAGGAUCUGGCUUAUUGAUACACCAGGUUUCGACGACACAGACAAGGCUAACCCGGCCAUUCUUCGCGAGAUCGUUUCGUUUCUCUGCGCGUUCUGCAAUGAAGAAAAUCUGAUAAUUGGUGGAUUACUAUACAUUCACAGAAUCACAGACAUACGAAUGGCUGGAUCUUCUCUGGCCGCUCUACGAAUAUUUGAGGCACUGUGCGGAGAGGCCUGUUUUGGAGACGUUACUGUUAUCACAACAAUGUGGGAUACACUUCAGACUCAAGCUGCAAGGGACCUGGCCCAAGACCGCGAGUUGGCCCUUCAACAUGAACAGAAUUUUUUUGGUCGCCUCAGAAGCAAAGGUGCCGAGUUCAGAAGGUCUUCCGAAGACGGGCCAAGCGGUACUGCCGUCAUCGACGCGAUAGCAGGUCGGACAAAACCAGUUACACUCGCAGUACAGACGGAGAUGAUGUCAAACGCGAACAUCAAACUCGCAGAUACAACAGUAGGUAGAUAUCUGGAUGGUAACCUCAAGCUGGCUCGUCGAAAGUUGGAGAAAAGACUGAACCAAGUUGAAGUUUAUAGCAGAGAAGACCUGGAUGACAAUGAUGAUCUGAUUUCAGAUAUCCGGGAACAGAUACGUCUUCUGGAUAAGACCACAGGUAACCCAGAGUACUUGAAUGUCACAUACGAGGAGUUGAGAAAAGAACGC